AUGAAGAACAUAUCAAUCGGAAAGAGCCCUUUUGAGGUAGUUUAUAUUACGGCCCCAAAAUAUGCUCUUGACUUAGUUCCCCUUCCAAGAUUUCCUGGGAUGAGUGUGACAACUGAGAACUUGGCAGAGAGGGUCCAUGAAGUCCAAGCGGAAGUGCAAAGCAACUUACAAUGGGCCAAUAUGAAGUAUAAGCAAGUUGCGGAUAAACAUAGGCGAGCUAAGGUGUUUCAAGAAGGGGAUUUGGUGAUGGUCCACUUGAGGAAGGGACGUUUUCCAGCAGGUACGUAUGGCAAGCUACAAGAAAGGAAAUAUGGACCUUGUCGCAUUUUGAAGAAAAUUAGUGACAAUGCUUACGUGGUUGAUCUCCCCGAGAACGUGUCCAUCUCUCCCACGUUCAAUGUUGUUGACUUAUUUGAGUAUCACCCACCUGAUGAACAGUCUAAGGAAGAGCCAAACUUUGAGGCAAGUUUGAUUUUAAGUGGGGAGGAAUUGAUGCAGGACGUGGGCGAUAUCAGUUUGGCAAUAUCAGAACCCGAUCCUUGA